AUGUCUGAGGCAAACAGCGCAAAUACUCCGAAGCCGAGUAGCAGCGUCAAGCUGGUCCUUCUGGGCGAGGCCGCCGUGGGAAAGUCCUCGCUGGUCCUACGAUUUGUCAACAAUGACUUCCAAGAAAACAAGGAACCGACGAUCGGAGCCGCCUUCCUCACGCAGAAAUGCUCCCUGCCGACCCGCACGAUUAAGUUUGAGAUCUGGGAUACCGCCGGCCAGGAGCGCUUCGCUUCGCUGGCCCCCAUGUACUACCGGAAUGCCCAGGCGGCGCUGGUAGUCUACGAUGUCACCAAGCCGUCCUCGCUCACCAAGGCCAAGCACUGGGUUGCCGAACUGCAGCGACAAGCGAGCCCCGGAAUUGUGAUUGCCCUGGUUGGAAACAAGCUGGACUUGACGAACGACGGAAACGGCGCCGCCGCGGAGUCUCCCGCUGAGGACGAGCAGGAGUCUGGAGCCGCGGAGGGCGAGGAUGAGGCGGCGGGGGAGAAUGCCGACGAGGCCGAUGCGACCCCCGGAGACGCACGCAAGGUCUCCACCCGGGAGGCGAGCACCUACGCGGAGGAGGAGAGCCUGCUGUUCUUCGAGACCAGUGCGAAGACCGGCGUGAACGUCGUUGAUGUGUUUACGGCGAUUGCGAAUGCCAUCCCGGAAAGCAGCCUGAAGAGUGGACGCGGCGCCGGCGCGGGAACGGGUCAGACUACGCUGGGCGGUGGCCGUCCGGCCGACGACGCACGAGUGAACCUGGGCGAGCGUGGAGCGGCGACGGCGAAGGAGGGAUGUGCUUGUUGA